CUUCCUUUUUAUACGUGGAACGUUAAGAGGUUGUGUUGCGACUGGGAUCUUAUUUCAUUUAUCAUUAACAUGGGUUUUGUAAAAGUUAUUAAAAAUAAACAAUAUUUCAAACGUUAUCAAGUUAAGUUUAGAAGGCGACGUGAGGGGAAAACUGAUUACUAUGCACGUAAACGAUUGACUAUUCAAGAUAAAAAUAAAUAUAAUACCCCUAAAUAUAGACUAAUUGUACGUCUAUCAAAUAAGGAUAUUACUUGUCAGGUUGCAUAUUCAAGAAUUGAAGGAGAUAGAAUUGUAUGUGCAGCAUAUAGCCAUGAAUUACCAAAAUAUGGUGUUAAAGUUGGUCUUACAAAUUAUGCUUCUGCAUAUUGUACAGGUCUUCUCCUGGCAAGAAGAUUACUGAAAAAAUUAGGCUUAGAUAGCUUGUACACUGGGACAACAGAAGUUACUGGUGAUGAAUAUAAUGUUGAAGAAUUAGAUGAAGGUCCUGGAGCAUUUAGAUGUUAUUUGGAUACUGGCUUAAUGCGUACAACUACAGGUGCUAGAGUUUUUGGUGCCAUGAAAGGUGCUGUUGAUGGUGGUCUCAAUAUCCCACAUAGCACGAAGAGGUUCCCAGGGUAUGAUAGCGAAUCAAAAGCAUUCAAUGCGGAAGUUCAUCGGCAACAUAUUUUUGGACAACAUGUUGCAAACUAUAUGAGAACAUUAGAAGAAGAAGAUGAUGAAGCUUUUAAACGACAAUUUUCACAGUAUAUCAAAAAUGGUAUUACUGCUGACAGUAUUGAAGCUAUUUAUAAGAACGCCCAUAAAGCCAUACGCGCAAGUCCAGAACACACGAAAAUUAUUAAAGAAAAAAUACCUGUGAAAAAGAGAUGGAAUCGUGCUAAACUUUCUUUAUCAGAAAGAAAGAAUCGUGUUAUUCAAAAGAAAGCUUCUUUCCUUACGACACUAGAAGAAGUAGAAGCUUAGACGUAUUUGUUGGUGUCGUGUAUCAUAUCAAUGUUCAUGUAUACACGAAAAAAAUUUUGCUACAAAAAUAAAAAA